AUUGAAAUAUCUCAGCUGGACAUAUCGAUGGUAUAUGUUUUGGGGGUAAUUUGCACUGAUACCAGCGUUGUUGAAGGUUGAUAGCAGUGACCAACUAUACGAAACAACAUUACAUAUAUUCCGCUCCCAGCAAAUAUUCAAGUCGGAGGAUAUAUUAUCGAGUUUGUUGGUAACCUUUCAACUUUGAAGCCAUCAAGACAAUGGAUGAAGACCAGCCAAUGGAGAUUCAGCCGAGCACUGCUGGCAACGAUGUCUAUGGAUGCCUCGCCAAUUUUAAUAUUGAGAAAAAGAUCGGACGUGGGCAAUUCAGUGUGGUGUACAGAGCUACGCACAACAUUGAAAACACAGUAGUGGCUCUGAAAAAAGUACAGAUAUUUGAGAUGAUGGAUGCCAAAGCACGACAAGACUGCAUUAAAGAAAUUGAUUUACUUAAGCAAUUGAAUCAUCCAAAUGUUAUUAAAUACCUAGCUUCUUUUAUUGAAGAUAAUGAAUUAAAUAUUGUAUUAGAAUUGGCAGAUGCAGGCGAUCUGUCCAGAAUGAUUAAGCAUUUUAAAAAACAAAAGCGAUUGAUACCAGAGAGAACAAUAUGGAAAUAUUUUGUGCAGUUGUGUAGUGCGUUGGAUCACAUGCACUCCAGACGGGUAAUGCAUCGAGACAUCAAGCCAGCCAAUGUGUUCAUUACAGCAGCGGGUGUGGUUAAACUUGGUGACCUCGGCCUCGGACGUUUCUUCAGUUCCAAGACAACAGCUGCACAUUCUCUAGUGGGGACGCCUUAUUACAUGUCGCCAGAACGAAUACACGAGAACGGUUACAAUUUCAAAUCAGAUAUGUGGUCUUUGGGCUGUCUUCUCUACGAGAUGGCUGCUCUGCAGUCUCCAUUCUAUGGAGAUAAAAUGAAUCUGUAUUCACUGUGUAAGAAAAUAGAACAAUGUGACUACCCUCCACUGCCAGCUGAGCAUUACUCUGAGGAGCUGAGAAGUCUUGUGGCAAUGUGUAUCAAUCCUGAUCCUGAGCAAAGACCUGAUGUUUCUCAUGUGUACGAAGUGGCCAAAAAAAUGCACAUGCAGAGCUUGCAGCAACAAUCAAGCUAGAGUCAGCCUUCCACUCCUGCCUUAUUAUCGCUUUGAAAACACAAUCACCAGAUUACAAUGCAAUGAUCAUGUGACUAAAUCAGGUGAUCAGUGUUCUCAGAAACGUUUCACGCUCACAAUCAACUAUGUUGCAUAGUUUCAGGAUGCAAAUCUACUUAAAUACUGAAUUUAUAGACAUUGAGAAAACUAAGCAUCUUAGAUAAAAAAAAAAAAAAGAGUAGUAAGUAUAAAUUCC